GUGUGUGUGUGUGUGCAGCAGACAGGUCCUCUGCUGCUGCUGCUGCUGCUGUGGAGCUGCUUGUUGUCGGAGGAGGCUGGUGGUGUUAUUGAGCGGCCCGGCGGUGGAAGUUGCGCUGCAGAGGAGGGACUUUCUGUCUGUCUGCAGUCGGUCGGUCGGUCUGAGGUGUUGAGCUGCUGAGCUGCUGAGCUGCGGGCUUCUUACAGAAAUGCCUCUGGCAGCAGCUUUUCAGACUCCGGAGAGCAGCAGCACAAACACACGGAGAUAAAAAUCAUCUUCUUCAUCACCCUUUUCUUUUUUUUGUUGCUGCUCAUCUUCCUCAUCUUCCUCAGCUGGCCGGAUGCGUUGAAACGGUGUAGAGUGUUAACGCCGUUAUCCACCAUCACCUCCACCACCGGGAUCCAUAGACCGGACCGGUACCGGUGUCAUUGGAUGGAGAGAGGCGCCUGAAGACGGGAGAGAGAGAGAGCGGUGGAGUUGGUCCUACCCCCCCUCCUCCUCCUCUUCCUCCUCCUUCCUCCCUACUGCACCAAAAGAAAACUCCGGGCUGGCUGCAGCACCAUGUCCUCCGCUCAAAGUGGGGAUAUAUCAGGCUACCAUCUGAGUGUGGUGCGUAACCCGCCCGGUUGGGAGGUGGGGAUCUACCUGGUGGGCUUCUUCGUGCUGCUGGCCGUGGCCGGGGUCAACAUCUGGAAGUUGUGGAAAUCUGGAACUUUCCCCGCGCCGUCACCCUUCCCCAACUUUGACUAUCGAUAUCUGCAAGAAAAAUAUGGCACCUCGUUCUCAGAAGUCAGACAAAAGCGAGUGGCUGCCAACAACCACCGGCGGACCUCCUACACCUCCAGCCGCAAACCCAGCCUGGCCCUCGGCGACACCCCGGACGGUUUCAGGGAUCUGGGCCACCUGGAGCUGAUGAGCAGGGAGCUGGACCCGACCGGCAUGCACCAGCUCAACCGAUCCAUCUCCACCGACUCGCUCAGCUCCAUCUCCUCCAUCGCCAACAACUUCGGCCACGACUACACGGUCGGCCAGCUGGAGGUGACGCUGGAGUUUGAGCCGUCCGGGCAUCCGGGUCAGGGGGCGGGAAUGCUCCACAUCGCCCUGCACCAGGGCAAAGACCUGCUGGAGAGGGAGGAGGGAGACUUCCCCGGCUGCUUCAUCAGAGUCUCCCUGGGGCCAGAGGAGCUCAGUGUGGGAGUCACAAGGAUCCAGGCGAAUGCAUUCACCGUGCUUUUCGAUGAGCACUUCUCCAUCCCCAUGGACGUGUCCUUUUUGGAGGAGUACAGCCUGCGUUGUGCUGCUUUUGGCAUCGACGCGGACGAGAGAAACAUCAGCGCCGGGGUCGCAGAUCUCAAGCUGUCAGACCUGGACCUGACCAUCAGACCGUUCAACGCCUGGCUCUACCUUCAAGAUGUCAACAAGGCUGUGGAUGCAGUUGGGGAGAUCCUGUUGUCUCUCAGCUAUCUGCCGACAGCAGAGCGCCUCACGGUGGUUUGUGCCAAGUGCAAGAACCUGGUGUGGACCAACAGCAAGAACACUGCAGAUCCGUUUGUCAAAGUGUAUCUCCUGCAAGACGGCAAGAAGAUCAGCAAGAAGAAGACUUCCACCAAACGGGACGACACAAACCCCAUCUUCAACGAAGCCAUGAUCUUCUCUGUGCCGUCCAUCGUCCUGCAGGAACUCUCCCUGAGGGUGACGGUGGCAGAGGCAACAGAAGACGGCCGGGGCGAGAACCUGGGUCACGUGAUCAUCGGCCCCGAGGCCAGCGGGAUGGGGAUCACCCACUGGAACCAGAUGCUGGCCACUCUGAGGAAGCCCGUGUCCAUGUGGCACCCUCUGCGCAGGAUCUAGCCCUCUUUGUUGCCCCCCUCCCGUACAUACCCGACCUGUUUCAAGUAAAACACUCGCUUCUUCACGUUCCUUUUCACCCUCUCCCCUUAUUUGGUGCCAUGCUUGACACUGUUUUAGUAAGAUAAGAGUUUUUGGCCCACAGGAGGAUAUAAUACUGUGUGGGGUAUGUGUCGCUCUGCUGGUGAGUAACACACCUUAUCUUCAUGUAAGGGGGAGGAAUCUGAAAAGCCAGUGUUUGACUCUGAACUAGUGUUUUUAUUGAUCCCCUGGAUCAAUUAUACGCUUAAAUCCUGUCUUUAGCUUCAUUCUGACUCGGGUGCAUUAUGGGUGAAGGUGGCUUUUAGGAAGGAACAAUGCAUAAUCCCAAAUUACCCAAAUUACACACUGAAAAUUGAUGAGUUUUCAAACGGCGUGCAUCCUUACCUUUUCCCCUCAGCUUGAGAAUCGUCUGAUUCUUCACGACAACAGCUGAAGAGACGUGGAUAAUUUUUUCCCUUCUCAAAAGUUGUUCAGAAAUUUCAGUUUGGACUUUUAAUUAAGAAAAGGAGCCCAGCUUAGGCAGGCGUAACCCCCUCUCUGCAUGGUGCCUACUCUGGUUGUAGCCUCUUAUCGCUGUCUAGAGAAUGACCGACUGGACGGAGGGGUGAAAUCGCCUCUCUUUCAGGAAAAAACACUCAUUUUGUCUUUUCAAACCAGUCAUCGAUUGCGCCUACUUGAUUGAUUUCGUAGCGGUUUUUAGAGCCGAGUCGAGCUAUUGGAUUUGCUUGUGUAAUUUGUUAACAGUGAGAUUGACAAAUAAUAGAGGUUUUUGGUAUGUUCAGUAUUUAUUGUGCUUUUGAAAAAGAAAAAAAAAAUCCAGGUACUCUUAUCCAGGUGAAAUAAUUGUAAUUUGUAGCAGUUGUUACAGGGUGGCCAAAUCAAAUGUAAUCAGCAUAUAAAUAUCAUAUUACAUUGUUCUAUUUUUACCAUGAUUAAUGCAAUACAAGUUGCAUAUUUAACAGUGUAAAUAGUGUACUGCAUUCUUCACAUUGUCAUUUAUUUCCUCUUAAAUUCUGGGUGCAAAUCAUGUUUUACAUAGUAUUACAACUUUAAUAGACUCCAAGUUCAUUUACACAACACUAUAUUUAACACCAUUAUUGUCGCUGAUCAAUGACUUAUUAUCAAAACACCUCUGGGAAUUUAACUUGUGAUGUAAAGUAUACUAACCCCUUUAAAUGGGUUUACGGUUCCUUUUGUCUUAGAGGAAACACCUUGAUAUUCUGAAUUCAUCUGUAGUUGUUUUUCACCAGGCACUCAUUUUAGCUUUUAUCAUUAAGACACAGUGCAAACUUCUUGUUAGCACUGAUAAUGUGUUCCUGGUUAAAACCAACAGGAGCCACUUUACAGCUUGAAGCCUGAAUGGUAAAAAAAUGACGGUUAAAAUGAAGAUAAUGUGACAGGGGUCUUAUAAAAGUCAGAAUGUCAAGGUGGCUUUUUAUCUGUCUGAGAUAUUCUCUACAACAUUGUGCAAUAGUGCUGUUUUGUUGUAACUCUUUGAAUGUGAAUUAUCAUGUGAAAUAUCUGCUAACUCUAAAAGCAUCAUCAGCCUCGUGCACUGUGGUGAUUUUUCGUUUUAAUCAAGCAGAACCUAGUCUACAUUUUCUUUUCUGAUUGCAUUCCUCACCUCACUUUGAAAAUCAAUCCAAAAAUAACACACCCGUGGUCAUAACAAUAGACGAUAUUUCCUACUGUGCCAAAUAAUGAAGCAAUAUUUUCAUUUACAAUCAGCAUUUGCAUUCGAUUCAACAAAGCUGUAGCCUACAUUUGACCAUGCAUGAAGUUAUUUAGCACUUGAUGUGAAUGUGCCUCAAGAAUACAGUGUAUUGUGUGAAUGCUGUUUGAAAUAAAAGCAAUUCAACAGUAA